AACCGAUCACUAGUACACUAGAAAAACCAUUCACCACCACUCUCUCAUACACCUAUUUGAGUCUCUCUCAUCUUGUUUGAUCAGACUACUCUCUAGAACAGUUAAGUCUCCAUGGCUUCAACAAUCUCAUAUGUCUGUACUGUUAACAGAACACCGUUGAGCAUGAACAGCUCUAGUUCUGGAGGUAAUUCCGUACCGAGCUCGGCCUUUUUGGGUGGUGGUUUGAAGAAAGUGAACUCGAGAACUACCCAACAGAAAAUGGAAUCUAAAAGCUUUAAGAUUGUGGCGGAAGUGAAUGAUGAUAAGCAGACAAACAAGGACAAAUGGAGAGGCCUUGCCUAUGACACGUCUGAUGACCAGCAGGACAUAGUCAGAGGAAAGGGAAUGGUUGAUUCUCUCUUCCAGGCUCCUCAGGACGCAGGAACUCACUUUGCUGUGAUGAGUUCUUAUGAAUACGUCAGUACCGGACUUCGCCAAUACAACUUGGAUAACAAUAUGGAUGGGUUCUACAUUGCUCCAGCUUUCAUGGACAAACUUGUUGUUCACAUGACCAAAAACUUCAUGACCUUGCCUAACAUCAAGGUUCCUCUCAUUCUUGGUAUCUGGGGAGGCAAAGGUCAAGGGAAAUCUUUCCAGUGUGAGCUCGUCUUUGCCAAGAUGGGAAUCACCCCCAUCAUGAUGAGUGCUGGAGAAUUGGAAAGUGGGAACGCUGGAGAGCCUGCAAAAUUAAUCAGGCAAAGGUACCGUGAAGCAUCUGAUAUCAUUAAGAAAGGGAAAAUGUGUUGCCUCUUUAUCAAUGAUCUAGAUGCUGGAGCUGGAAGGAUGGGUGGAACUACCCAAUACACUGUCAACAACCAGAUGGUGAAUGCCACCCUUAUGAACAUUGCCGAUAACCCCACAAAUGUCCAGCUUCCUGGAAUGUACAACAAGGAAGAAAAUGCCCGGGUUCCAAUCAUAUGCACUGGUAAUGACUUCUCCACAUUGUAUGCCCCUCUCAUUCGCGAUGGUCGUAUGGAGAAAUUCUACUGGGCUCCCACUAGGGAGGACCGAAUUGGUGUCUGCACAGGAAUCUUUAAGACUGACAAUGUUCCUCAGGAGGAUGUCAUUAGGAUUGUUGAUACCUUCCCUGGCCAAUCUAUUGACUUCUUUGGGGCCCUCAGGGCUCGAGUCUAUGAUGAUGAAGUGAGGAACUGGAUAUCAGGUGUUGGAGUACAGGACAUCGGGAAGAAGCUCGUGAACUCAAAAGAGGGACCCCCAACUUUCGAGCAGCCCAAAAUGACAGUUGAGAAGCUUCUUGAGUAUGGUAAUAUGCUUGUCCAGGAACAGGAGAACGUGAAGAGAGUUCAAUUGGCUGACAAGUACUUGAGUGAGGCAGCUCUUGGAGAUGCAAACCAAGAUUCUAUUAAGAGAGGAAGUUUCUAUGGCAUGGCAGCCCAACAAGUUCAUGUUCCUGUCCCUGAGGGUUGCACAGAUCCCUCAGCGGAAAACUAUGACCCAACAGCUAGGAGUGACAAUGGGAGCUGCCAGUAUUGAAGCCAAGCCCGCUCUUUCUACUAUGGGCUCUCUCAGGAAGCAGAAUUGCUUUCAGAGAAUAGAUAAGUUAGUGAUAUUCCUACAUUUGCUGUCCAUGACUACUGCUUCGUAAAUUUUGAUGUAAAAUAAACAAUGUUUGAGCUUCAUUAGCACUUCUUUGUCA